AUGGAAGCCAUGAACCUGAACCUGCUGCUCUCCUUCCCCUUCCCGCCCGCGGCUCUCCACCACCCACCGCCGCCGCCCCCCAAAUCCCUCUUCCUCGGCGCCUCCCUCCCGCUCCGCCCGCUCGCCGCACAACCCCCGCCGCCGCCGCCGCUGCGCCUCCUCCGGCCCCGGCUCGCCGUGGUGGCGCAGGCGGCGGCCGUGAAGCGCCGCAAGGAGGUCCCCUUCGACAACGUGAUCCAGCGCGACAAGAAGCUGAAGCUCGUCCUCAAGCUCCGCAACAUCCUCGUCUCCAGCCCGGACCGCAUCAUGUCCCUCCGCGACCUGGGCCGCUUCCGCCGCGACCUCGGCCUCACGCGCAAGCGCCGCCUCAUCGCGCUCCUCAAGCGCUUCCCGGGCGUCUUCGAAAUCGUCGAGGAAGGGGUCUACUCCCUCCGCUUCCGCCUCACGCCCGCCGCCGAGCGCCUCUACCUCGACGAGCUCCAGCUCCGCAACGAGUCCGAGGGCCUCGCCGUCACCAAGCUCCGCAAGCUGCUCAUGAUGUCCCUCGACCGCCGCAUCCUCAUCGAGCGGAUCGCGCACCUCAAGUCCGACCUCGGCCUGCCGCCCAACUUCCGGGACACCGUCUGCGUCAGGUACCCGCAGCACUUCCGCGUCGUCAGGAUGGACCGCGGGCCCGCGCUCGAGCUCACCGACUGGGACCCCGAGCUGGCCGUGUCCGCCGCCGAGGUCGCCGAGGAGGACAACCGCAUUAGAGAUGCCGAGGAGAGGAAUCUCAUCAUCGACCGCCCGCUCAAGUUCAACCGGGUGAAGCUGCCCAAGGGGCUCAAGGUGUCCCGGGGCGAGGCGCGGAGGAUCACGCAGUUCAGGGAGAUGCCCUACAUUUCGCCGUACGCCGACUUCUCGCACCUGCGGUCCGGGUCCGCCGAGAAGGAGAAGCAUGCCUGCGCCGUGGUGCACGAGAUCCUCAGCAUGACGCUCGAGAAGCGCACGCUGGUCGACCACCUCACGCACUUCCGCGAGGAGUUCCGGUUCUCGCAGUCUCUGCGCGGGAUGCUCAUCCGCCACCCGGACAUGUUCUAUGUGUCGCUCAAGGGGGACAGGGACUCGGUGUUCCUCCGUGAGGCGUACAGGAACUCGCAGCUCAUCGACAAGAGCCAUCUCGUGCUGCUUAAGGAGAAGAUGAGGGCUCUUGUUGCGGUUCCACGCUUCCCUCGGCGCGGUGGGCCGAGGACUGGCGAGGAGACUGACGGCGCCAAUGAAGGAAGCGACACGGAAGAUGAUGAAGAUGAUGAUUUUUCAGAUAUGGAUGAUUUGAUUGGGGAACUUGGUGGCAAGUCUGACAAUGACUACCACUGGGGUGAUGGUUGGGUUGGUGAGAGUGAUGCGACGCCGCCGGACUUUGGAGAUGGGGAUGACUUGAGUUCAGAAGAAGUUGAGGUGACAAUGAAAGAACCGGCUAAUUCCAUCAACGGCGACUCGUCUGAUCCUGUAUUUCCUGAUGGCAGACAAAGGGAACGGUGGUAAAUCAGGCUAUUUUUGAGUUCCAGCUGAUAGAAUUUUUUAUCUGUACUGUUAGUUUGAUCAUCUUGUCUGAUUGCAUUGCCCUCUGCCUUUUGAUGUUUCCUGCUGGCUAGUGUUAUGUAUCACCAUGCGCGCCAGUAGAAUACAGUAUGCUAUUUUUGAAACCCUGCAUGGUAACACUUGAAUUGUCUCAAGUACAGUCAUGUGAGAAAUAUUCACAAUAGACAUAAAUGUAAAACUGCAUUUGACAUGAAUGAAAGAUGGUCAUGGUUGCAAA